GGGGGGCAGAUUGCGUAGGCAAUUUGACCAGAAGAGAUCAACCCAGAACGACAUCGCUAGGUUGCUAUAAAAGUAUCGAUGUAACUCACGAUUCUUUAAACGGUCUUUCUAGUAUAGGAUUUUUCGACCCAUACCUAGAUAGAGAUGGUAACUUAAUGGACCCUGGAUUAUGCAUUGAUUAUUGUGCCAGUUACCUUUUUUACUUUAGUGCCCUAAGAAAGGGAAAAGAGUGUCGAUGUGGAAACCAAAAUAGUCUCGUGGCUUUGAAUAAAGUCGAAGAUUUUAAUUGCAACAUUACUUGUGUUGGAAAUAGUUCGUACAUUUGUGGCGGAAACGAAGCUUAUACGGUUUAUAACGCUACACUAACUAAAAAUAAAAUACCCUCCUCUGGAUUGCCUCCUAUUGACAAAAAACUUGAUAUUAUCAAAAAACUCAAUGACGAUGUUAAUUAUUUGGGAUGCAUCAAAGAUAGCCCAUACUGUGGAGUUCGCGCCCUGAAUGGCUCGGAGAUAGAAGGCAUCACCAAUAUGACUGUAGAUAAUUGCAUAGAGUAUUGCCGUCAAAAUGGGUUUAAAUAUGCGGGAUUGGAGAUCGGAACUCAAUGUUUUUGCGAUAAUAAGUACGAUAGUUUAACACAACUAGAUCCAGGAGACUGCUGUUUUAGUUGUGCAGGAAAUAACUCCGAAAUUUGCGGAGGACCUUUGGCUCUUAGUGUAUACAAAGUAAUACUACAUGCAGAUGAACCACCCUUCCCAACUAUCAAAAUUACUCUUGGCGUUAUUGGUGCUAUUUUGGCUAUAACAGAAUCCACAGAUAGUGUAAAAACCAUCGACACAAUCAACAUCGACAUUAUCAACAUCGACACGAUCGACACGAUCAACAUCGACAGUAUCGAUGAAACAAACAUCAUCGAUGCCGAUUUCAAAUCAUUCAACGCCACAAAGGACAACUGA